AUGAAGAACGAAUUCCUUGAUAAAGUGAAAGACAACGCAUUUGUCCAAAGGUGGUCAGAGAAUGCACAGUUAGAGAAAGGUGACAGUUUGACAAAGGAGUGCACAUCAGAGUUAUGGGACUUUACUCGUAUUAAUAUGGUCCAGAACGAUCUUCAGGAGUUGAAAAAAAUAUGGAGUCACUGGGAUGAUGAGAUGAAGCAGCUUCUCUACUGUAAUUAUGGUGAUAUUCCUUAUCUCCUCGAUGUUAAGGUAGAUAGGUAUUUGUUCCGCGCUAUGGCUCAAUUUUGGAAUUCCGCCUACAGUUGUUUUACUUUCGGAAGGGUGGAUCUAGCACCUACUGUUGAGGAAUAUACAGCAUUGCUUCGUUGUCCGAGGUUUCAAGUUGAUAAGAUUUAUUCUAGAGUUGUCAAUACCCCAACUUUUGUAAAGAGGUUGAUGAACAUUACUGGGAUGAGUGAACAGUGGGUUGAGGCUCGGGUCCAGCAGAAAGGCAGUGGAAAGUGUAUCCCUUGGGAAAAUUUGAGAGAUCUGAUCCUGACUCACCCUGACAUGAAGAAAAGAGUUGAUGUUUUCGCCUUGAGCAUUUAUGGUUUGGUUAUUUUCCCUAAGGCUUUAAGGCAUGUAGAUGAAGCAGUCGCCGAUCUAUUUGACCGAUUAGGUAAAGGAGUCACUCCAGUUCCUACAAUCUUGGCGGAGACUUUCAGAUCUUUGAGUAUAUGUCGGAGGUCAGGUGAAGGCAGAUUUAUUGGGUGUGCACAACUCUUGUUAGUAUGGUUUCAUAGCCACUUUUGGAGGGUAGGAAAGGCCUCUUACCGACCUUUUUUCGGAGAUUACUCACCUUUGAAGAAGAUAGUGACCAUAUCGAGAAAAGAUGACAUAACAGAAGAAAAAUGGAUGGCGAUACUUCAAAAUCUCCAAGAAGAGGAUAUCGAAUGGAAGGCCCCUUGGAUGGUUUCUGAUGAGAUUCCCUACCGAUGUGGGAGUUAUGAUUGGGUCCCUUUGUUGGGGAUUUGGAGAGCCGUUGGAUACGCCCCUCUACUGGUAUUGAGGCAAUAUAGAUCAAGAUAA